AGAUAGAUGGUAAGCGGGAGCCGAAAGGAUUGGGAUAGGAUUCUGUAUGGGACAGAACUAGUGGAUACAAGUGAGCUAAGAUCAUGCCCUGAUGCUGACCUCCAGGAUCUGAGAAAUAAGCUCAGGAAGAAAGCGCCAGUUGCCUUGUAUUCACAGACCAGAGCAGUCGGGUGAUCUCUCCAGUGCCCUUUCCUGGCCAUUGCUGGGCCCUCCACAGCGCUACUAUUGGCGCCACAGUCUCUACCGAGGGGUGCUCUUCUCUUCCGAAACCGGCCGAGAAACCCCCGCUGCCCUCCCCCGCCGCGCUCGCCAAGCCCUUCCAGCUGCGCCCGUCCUCGUGUCUGCUCCUGCUGCCCUCCGUGCCACAGCUGACCUCCUCCGUGCCCCCCUGCCUGCCCGUCUCGGCCCCCGACCUGCACGCCAGCAUGUCCAUCGCCCUCAAGCAGGUCUUCAACAAGGACAAGACCUUCCGGCCCAAGCGCAAGUUCGAGCCGGGCACGCAGCGCUUCGAGCUGCACAAGCGGGCGCAGGCCUCGCUCAACUCGGGCGUGGACCUGCGCGGCGCCGUGCAGCUGCCCCACGGCGAGGACCUGAACGACUGGGUGGCCGUGCACGUGGUGGACUUCUUCAACCGCAUCAACCUCAUCUACGGCACCGUGUGCGAGUUCUGCACGGAGAAGAGCUGCCCGGUGAUGUCGGGCGGCCCCCGCUACGAGUACCGCUGGCAGGACGAGCACAAGUACAAGCGGCCCACGGCGCUGCCGGCGCCCACCUACAUGAACCUGCUCAUGGACUGGAUCGAGAUGCAGAUCAACAACGAGGACAUCUUCCCCACCUGCGUAGGAAUCCCCUUCCCCAAGAACUUCAUCCAGAUCUGCAAAAAGAUCCUAUGUCGCCUCUUCCGGGUCUUCGUUCACGUCUACAUCCACCACUUCGACCGCAUCAUCCAGAUGGGGGCCGAGGCGCACGUCAACACCUGCUACAAGCACUUUUACUACUUCUGCACCGAGCUCAACCUCAUAGACCGCAAGGAGCUCGAACCACUGAAAGAGAUGACCUCACGGAUGUGUCAUUGAGCAGCAGUGGCGCCUGGUUGCCACCUCUGGAGACUAGGCUUUGGGACCCCACCCUGUUCAUGGGAGGUUGCCACGGAGACCUAUAGAGGAUCACCAGCAGUAGCAGCAGCAGCAGCAGCAGCAGAACUGACUGUAAACCUUGGUGACAUCACCAAGGCUCCCAAAGCCAGGAAGAAAUCCUGCUCUGCUGCCAGGGUUGAAACCAUAACAAGCCCUUUAAACCAGCCCACAACCCCCAAACCCCGCUGAAACACACACCUUAAACCACUCUCCUCUCCGAGCUUGGAUACGCAGAGAACAGACUAAUGUUUACGGAAAAUAACAGAAAACAGCACCACCUAUUGGUGAAGUCGGCACAGCAUGCUGUGGGGAUAAUGUCCACAAGAUGGCAAUCUUGUUUUAAAAAUAUACUUUUUUUUUCAUGAAUCAGGGUAGAAGUAGAGGAGAGAGUCUGCCCCACUUUGCAUUCCUCUGAUGCUGAAUUUGGGUUUGAUUUUAACAACAUCUUCAGUAUCUUUAACAUUUUUAUCUUGGUCUAAAUUUUUGCUUUGUCCUUUCAUUCCAGAUGUUAUUGCAAUGAUGUUGUGGACUUAUCAGUAGAAGGAGAAAACAAAACACACAGAAUCAUUUUCCUACUUUGUUUUACAAACAUUACUGAAUAUUAGUACUUCUACCUGUGUAUAAUUUUACCUGAGGGUUUUGGAGUGGAGACUGCCAAAUUAAAUGAUCAACCAUAAUAUUUUUUUAAAAGUCACCUGUACACUGGUAAGGGUUUUAAUGAACUAACCUUUAACAGGCAGGAUGUCUGGGCCUGCAGUGACACUCAUUAAUCCUAUUGUAUGACUAGGACAGAGAACAUUUGAAACAAUGUUCACAGUGUUCACUUGUUGAGGUAACCAGCAUUUGCAGUGCAGUGGUAGCCUACAGUAUGGUACCGGAUAGGAGAUGCAGAACCAUUGCAAGAGAUUCUGAACUUUUCGGGGGGAGGGGGUGGGGGGUGGGGGGGUUUUCUUUUGGUCACUAAGUGAUUCUUAGUAGCAUAUGUACGACAACAUGUACAGAAAUGUUUAAGUUGUCAGCCUCUCUGUCCAGAUCUUCUCUAUAUGUGGUGAACUGAAUUGUUGUAUAUUUGUUUUUGUCGUGUUGCUGCUUUGUCACAUCAAGUCAGGUGUGAUUUAUCUAAGACACACUUCAGUACCUUCCUUCUGUACGAUUUAUCUGGACUUGACUUGUUGAAUCAGGAAAACACACACACACACACACACACACACACACACACACACACACACACACACACACACACACACACACACACACACACACACACACACACACACACACACACACACACACACACACACACACACACACACACACACACACUGUCUCAGCCUAUGAAAGCUAACUUAAGAGUGUAGCAUUCCUGGAAUGGACUAUAAUUAACAACACUGACAAAUUAUGAUUUCACUUUUUUUCCAUUUUUUGUUUUCUAAACCAUUUCAGUUUGCAGAACACCUGUCUCUUCAUAUGUCUGUCUUUUCUUGUAAACUAAAGAUGUUGAUGAUUCUAUGUAAAGUGCAUAAUUGAAGCAAUAAAG